CAUUUACCACACAGUCUGCAUGUUGAGUAAAAUAUCAUUUAUUAAUUGCAUAUUUAUUAUGUGUGGCAGGACAAUUAUUCCAAAUGUAUGCAACAUUUUACCAUAUUUUAAAUAUUAUUAUUAUUUAAUGUCAUUUAUUCUGCCUAAAAUGACUGCUUUAUUUCUCUUUUGUAUCAUAAAGUGGUUAAAGCACGACAAAAAAGAGGGGGAAAACAUCCCCAAAACAAAAUCCUCAAAAAGCUCUGUAGCUCUGACUUUCACUACAUUUCCCAGGAUGCUCCGGCUUCCACCCGUAUACGCGCUGCUUUUGCACGGCCGCUGCUGUCUUUGCAGAUUUAUAAACAAUGCAGCUAGGGUCCCACUCGAUCUGCAAAAAGGAAACGGAGGGAAAUCCAGAUGAUUGUCUCAGCUGCUGAAAUGCGUCGCCGCUCGUGAAUGUAACCUCAGUUUAUAUUUGGCUUAAAGGAGACGCAACAAAGCGCACAAAAUGGUUGCGCUCCAGGCCCAGGGCGAAUAAGUAGGUUUACUAUAGCUUUAAGAACGCGAAAAUAGUGUCUGCUUCUUUAAAAUUAUAUCGGUUUAUUAAUGAAUAGAUAAUUAAGAAAAGUUUUCAAUUUCUAAUCAAUAAAUAUAUGCAUUUAAUUUGCGACGAACUCUGCGCACUCACAGAAAAUGUCCCACUGUUGGAUAAAGGCCGCCUGCAAUCAAAACGUCUUUAAACCAGAUGUGGUCCGUUUUUCCUCUAAUUGCAAGUAAACCUGCUUGACUUAAAGCGGAAUUUGAGGUAGGCUGAAGUGUCUUCACGGUGAUGGAACCGGUCGGCGACCGAACCGGGGAUGUAAAUAAAGGCGAAGAACCGGCGGAGGACAAGGCCGCAGAUCAGACCCCGGCCCCCAGUACAACCGUUCCGCCGCGGAGGGGGCUCAGGGAGCGCGGAGCAGGCCGCCCGAGGUCCGGCGUCUCCGCUUCGUUGACGGACGUUAACGGAGCUGCGUCUAGCCCGCAGAGCUCGGGACGGGUUUUGAGGGACAGGUCAACGAGGGCAGUACCGGCCUGGCUGAAGGACACCAAGAGCGACGACGACGAGGACGAACCGAGCCCGGACACCGGUGCGACCAAGCGGAGGAAAGUUUCCAACUCCAGGCGGAAGAAAAAUUCUGAAUCUGCGGGUUCGGUAGAGGCUGGAGGGGGGGUCGCAGGUGACAGCCUUCAAGGCACAGACUCGGAGGACCCAAAGAAACCUGCCACAGAUGCUCAAGCUCUUCCCUCCAGACGCCCCCCAGCUCAGACCCGUGCCAAGCCCCCGUCUGGCAGGGCCAGCCGCGGCUCUGCCAAGCCCGUGUGUAAGACUGAACCUGGGAUGGAGAAUCCAGCCGCAAUGGAAGGAGAGGUGAACAAUAAAGAGAAGUAUGAAAUUAAAAAGAAAGAGGAGGAAAGCAUGGAUGUUGCUCAACCGGUCUUGGAUGAUGAAGAAUCUCUGUUUCAGGACGACCCUAACGACCUCAACUACCAGCCACAGAGUCAGAGUGGUGCAGAGGAGGAAGAGGGCCUCAGCACUGACGAAGAUGUUCCUUUUAGAGACGACUUAAAUGAUCAGAGCUACGACCCGAAGGGUGAAAGGGAUGCCCCCAAACCAAAGCGCAGAGCUCCUCCCAGACAGAAGGAGAAGAAAGAAAAAGAGAAGGCGCCUAAAAAAGAGAAAGAAGUCGCGGAGAUAAAGAUAGAAGGUUCGGACAACGUGGAGAGCGUGGAAGAGGAAGUAAAGCUAGAAGAAGAAAUUGUGGAGGACCCAGACGGACCCAGGAAGAGAGGCCGGCGGAAAAAAGACGACAAAACACCACGGCUGCCAAAGAGAAGAAAGAAGCCCCCGGUGCAAUAUGUGCGCUGUGAAAUGGAGGGAUGCGGGACAGUCCUUGCUCAUCCUCGCUACCUACAGCACCAUAUAAAAUACCAGCACUUGCUCAAGAAGAAAUACGUAUGUCCUCACCCGUCUUGUGGAAGGCUCUUCCGCCUACAGAAGCAGCUGCUGCGUCAUGCAAAGCACCACACAGACCAGAGGGACUACAUCUGUGAGUUCUGCGCUCGUGCCUUCAAGAGCUCCCAUAACCUGGCUGUGCACCGCAUGAUCCACACAGGAGAGAAGCCCCUACAGUGUGAGAUCUGUGGCUUCACCUGUCGUCAGAAGGCGUCUCUCAACUGGCACAUGAAGAAGCAUGAUGCUGACGCCACCUAUCAGUUCUCCUGCUCCAUUUGCGGUAAGAAGUUUGAGAAGAAGGACUGUGUUGUGGCUCAUAAGGCCAAGAGUCACCCGGAGGUGCUUAUCGCUGAAGCGCUGGCAGCCAACGCCGGUGCUCUCAUCACAACCCCUGCCUCCCUGCUGGAGCUGCCAGGAAACCCCAUGCAAGCAGAGGUCAUUGGUUUGGACGUGAGCCAAGUAGGGCAGGACAGCCAGGUGGACCAGCUGAGCCAGGAAGGGCAAGUUGGGCAGCAAGUGGCUCAGGUGUCCCAGAUGGGUCAUGUGACCCAGCAAGUGAGUCACCAGGUGGUUUUACUGGGACAAGACCAGAGCCUCCAUACCAUGCAGGUGCCAGUGACGAUUGCCCUGUCCCCUAUCGACCCCCCCUCACCGGCUGACAACCAGCAGCAGACUCACCUGCAGCUGCAGAUGCCCGUCCAGUUCGUGCAGGCCGCUCAGCAGCCACAGCAGUCCCAAAUCCAACAACUGACCCUCCAUUCCAGCUCAGUGGUGACCCAGCACCAACCCCAGCUCCAGCCCCUUCAGUCAUAUUCCUCCCAGCAGCAGAGCCAGGGGCAGACGCAAAUCCUCCAAAUGACCUUCCAGCCUGUCAGCCAGUCCCAGACCCACAUUCAGCAGAUCCCCAUCCUCGCGACCUCCCAUCAACUUCAGACCCUGCAGACAGCCGCCCCGAGCCCCCCUCUCCUGUCCCCGUCCCAGCCCCACGAUCCAGCCUCCACCAACGGGGACAGCUUUAUUCUGGACAAUCCGGUGCUCGCGUCCUCCUCUCCAUCAGCCAACUCCCUGCAGCAGACAGAGGCUGUGGGGGAGGACGGCGUAGUCUGGGAGCAGACAGGACAAGGGGAGGUUUUGGCUGACAGCACUGAGAGACAUGUGCAGCAGGCCCUCAUGUAACACAACGUUUGAGCGCACAAAGAAGAAAACAAAGGAAGAUUACGUCAUCACUGACCUGGUAUACUGUAUUGCAAUGUUUGAGAUAAAUGUAGGAUCACCAAUAUAUUAUGUACUGUUCACUCAUAGUCACGUUUGGUAGUUUUUUAGAAUAUCUGUAUCAGGGAAAGAUAUGUAUGUGUCUGUAUGUGUCGUUGCCUUUGUACAUAACAGUCCUGUAAACUUAACUAGCCUUUUAUGUGAGUGUGUGUGUGUGUGUGUGUAUUGAUGCUGAGGUUAUGUUGCAGAGCUGUUGCUAUUAUGCAAUAAUAUAGCAUACCUCUUAGUAAUAUACAGUGGCAGGUUUGGGAUAAAUCAGAUUAAUUUAUAUAAUGAAUUAAAGUCAAAACGCACGCUAGAAAGCUAUAAACAUCCUCAGUACGUGUGGGGGUAGGCAGCCAUUUUUUCAUUUAUUGUCCAGAUCUACUGUAAAACAUUCACUUGACAGGGUUUAAAAGAAACAUGUAACAGAAGAAACACUGAACUCACAAAGAAAGAUUAAACUUGGAAAGGUAGGGACAGAAAAAGGGGUGUUGCACAGGCCUGUAAAAAGUCACAAAAUAUGCAUAUUUUAAGGAUUCUGGCAGUGUCAUUCAUCCUGUUUCACUUAUAUUUAUGCAGCUUGCUGUUGGUUUACUCUGAAGGAAUAAUAACCCAUACAAUAUAUGUACUCCUCACUAAAGUCUUAGGUUGUUGAAGGCAGCCAACAGGUGACCCUGGACGUUUGAAAUACCACAUGAGCCUAAAAUAACAGCAAGCACAGACACUGAAUUAGACAAAUUAACUCAAAAUCUGUCCGUAACCUUUGAAGUGUAAUGUAAUUUGCUAAGUGAGGCUUUGUAGAGACAUAUGACAAUACUAAAUCAGCACCUUUCUGACCUGCGAUAUAGGAUGUGUGGUAGCGCAAAAACACAAGCUGUUCAUUUAUAUGAUGUAAAUAAACAUCUUAACAUUUA